UCCAUCCAGUCUGUUGAAGCAGCAGCAGCAGCAGCAGUCUUGUAUGUGGAUUCUUGGCAAGAGGACAACAGCAGCAGCAGGAGGAGAUAACAUCCCAGACCAAACUGCCUGAGCAACAUGGUUGUUGUGCGUACCGUCGCUUGCCUGUGGCUGCUGGUGGGCUUCUCGCUCCAGGUGGACGUGAAAAGUGGGAAAGAGGAAGGAAAAGCCGGGAAUUUCAUGGAAGAUGAGCAAUGGCUGUCAACCAUCUCCCAGUACAGCCGUAAGAUUAAACACUGGAAUCGCUUCAGAGACGAAGUCGAGGAUGACUACAUCAAAAACAUGGAAGAAAACAUGGGGUCUGAUGAAACCGUAGACACCACCAAGGACCCAUGCCAGAAUGUGAAGUGCAGCCGCCAUAAGGUGUGUGUCGCUCAGGGCUACCAGAGGGCCAUGUGUGUCAAUCGCAAGAAACUGGAGCACAGAGUCAAACAGUCUGGACAGCUGGAGACCCAGGAAAGCAGCUGCAAGCCUUGUCCUGUAACAGCGUCCUCACCUGUGUGUGGCUCUGAUGGACACAACUACGCUUCUGAGUGUAAGCUGGAGCAGCAGGCCUGUCUUACAGGCAAGGACCUGAGCGUCAUGUGUACUGGCUUUUGCCCCUGUGCCACAGCCUCCAUUGCCAGCACAAAUACUGAAACCAAACGUGAGAGCUGUACUGGCCAAGACCUAGCAGACCUGGGCGACCGCCUGAGAGAUUGGUUCCAGCUCCUUCAUGGAAAUGCAAAGCAGAAUAACACUGGCAAGCUCAGAGUCAGCGCCGCAUCAGCACUGGACAGGAGCCUUGUAGCCAGCUGCAAAGACUCCAUUGGCUGGAUGUUCUCAAAGCUGGACACCAACAGCGAUCUGUACCUGGAUCAGGCUGAGCUGGCUGCUAUUAACCUGGACAAGUAUGAGGUCUGCAUCCGGCCCUUCUUCAACUCCUGUGACAGCUACAAGGAUGGGAAGGUCUCCACGGCGGAGUGGUGCCUCUGCUUCUGGAGAGAAAAGCCGCCGUGCCUCGCUGAGCUGGAGAGGAUCCAAGUGCAGGAAGCAGCCAAGAAGAAGCCCGGUAAAUGCAUCCAUUGUAUGUACAUUCCCAACUGCGAUGAGGACGGCUACUACAGGAAGGUGCAGUGUGACCAGAACCGAGGGGAGUGCUGGUGCGUCGACCAGCAUGGUGGCGAGAUGAUGGGCACCAGAAUCCAUGGCAACCCUGAUUGCGAUGAAGUGGCAGGAUAUUCUGGAGAUUUUGGGAGUGGGGUGGGAUGGGAGGAUGAAGAGGAGAAGGAGGCAGAGGACAAUGGAGAGGAGGCAGAAGAGGAGGAAGAGGAGGAGGGCGAGGCAGACGACGGCGGGUACAUCUGGUAGAACUGUCUGACCCCACGCAGAGAGCCGAGUCACAGCUGCUGGCCUGAAAAUCUGCAGGGACAGCUCUCUCCUGACAACAAAAGAUUCUGGGAUCAGACUGGGGAGGCAUGGGAUUGUGUUUCAUCUUGGUGGAAUAUGUGGUGCCGGUCCAGGGAUGAGUUUUUCGUCUUUGAUAUGUGUAAUUGCUUCAUUCUCUUCUGUUUUUUGAGCAACAGAGCUUUUUGUUUUGCCAUCCUGAAAAGCAGGACCCACUGACUACUGCGUCAUAGGUAGCUCAAGUCCAUCAGAAUUCCUCUCUUGUCCAACCGCCAUCUAUGCAUAUAGAGAUUACCAGUAAUUUUGUAUCGUGUGAACAAUUGCUUGAGUGUUAGAGCCGCCGUCCCGCUGAAAUGACCGGAGAUCCGAAGUUUAAGGAGUAGUUUGACAUUUUGGGAAAUACACGUGUUUGUUUUGCAAGAAGCUUAAUAUCACUCUUGGGUUAAAUUUUAAGUUCAUGCUAGGAGGCAGUUAGCUUAGCUUAUCAUAAAGACUGGAAACAGGAGAAAAGUUGCAAGACCAAAACCUCUAAAGCGUACUAAUUGUCAGCUUAUAUGUUGUCAUUUAGUGAGCUUUUUGCUUAAGCCCCAUUACAAUAGUGUAAAAACAUGUUGUUGUUUUUUUUAUGGAGAAAUGGUUUGAAAAUGUUAACUGUCAUUUUUACAAUUUCUGUAGGCAUCUUUGGUUACCUUUAGACAGAUUUGGGCUAUCUGUGGCCCACUGUACAUUACCUACUCAACACCAAAUGAAGAAGAAGGACAUAGUUAGCGACUAGCUGCUGAACACAGAGGAGCAUUUGAUAGUUUAAGAGCCAGAUAUAUCCCUCAGUAGUUUGUAGAGGCCAAAAACAGUGCCAAAAGAGAGUGAAUAUCGGAUUUGAAUUCAUCAGGUUCAUUCUUGUCAGUGCUGUGUUCACAACUUGUUUAUGUUACCCCUAAGUGGCCAAAGAAAUCAGUUAUUACAGCUUUGACCUCGGCUAAUAAGUGUCUCCUGGCUGUACCUUCAUAUUUAGCAUACAGACAGAGGUAUUGAUCUUUUCAUCUGUCUCGAGCUGAUAGCAAAUAUAUUCCCCAAAAUGUCUAACUUUUUCCUUUAAAGCAGUUCAGUGCAAUGUGCUUAUCUGAUUCCAAAAUGAUUCUGUAUAUAAAUCCAGUGUAAAUGAUCUGUGAAGCAGAUUUCGGGUCACUUCGGUUUAAAGCUACCUUUAUGAGAAAGGUGCGCCACAGCUCAUAGCAUUUUUUAAUUAUACCUGCUUUAUGAAUUCAGUGGAUACACACAACUGUACAGGACCUAUAUUUCCAGUUGGACUACUUUUAUUGAAAACCUAUAGAAUGUACUUUAAAAGACCCGGCUACAUUAGAAACCACUAGGCUUACUCCUCUGCUAACUCAUGUCAAAGAAUGUGCCACAACUGUUUUAUUCUGAGUUUGCAACUUGAAAAAAAUAGUAUUUUGUGUUUAUAAGAAUAUGUGUGCAUUACUUGAAGUUCUGUGUGUAUACUUGAAUUCACGUUGUAAUUUUUUUUUCUAUGAGAAUACUGUUGCCAUGUCUUCAUUCAUGCUAUUGCUAGGCCAGAAAUUUGGUUGUUUUUAGUAUUGCAUGUUAGUAAAUAAGAAUGUACUUAGAGGCUGAGCACUUUACUAAUAAAGGCACUGGAGCCAAA